ACGUCUCACGUCUGUAAUCUGUACUCUGUUCACUGUAGAAGACAGUGUAUGUUUUGGAGAAAAGUGGAACGAAAACGGUGGAAACUGUUAAUGCGUGUUACAUUGUUUACAACAUAAUAAAAAUUAUGUAUCGUGGAUGGAGCGAAUAGUAGUAUUUACUCACACCUAAUUACUACUAAAGUUCGUAAGAUGCAGGAUUGUAAGUUCUAUAUAAGAAGCACAAAUACUGACUUUGUAGAAAAGCAGCGAAACAUAUUAAACUUAAUAAACGCAUUUGAUAAGGAGAAACAUGAAAAGGAAAAGGAAGAUCCUGACAGGAGUUAUCCGGAGUCUAUGGAAGUCGACAGCACAUGUGAAAGAGUGUCACUGAAGAGGAAAAGAUCAGAAACGAAACAUUUCAGAGGUAAAGAGAGUAUUUUUAAGAAACCAAUCGACUUCCCUCCUCGUUUUCGUGUUAGAGAUAUACCAGAUCACCAAAGAAAUCCGCACAAAUGGGUGAAGUAUACUCUCGGGGAUGUGUCGCCAGACGAUAUGACAAAUCAGUCUAAUACAGCUGCUGCUCUGUCAUUUCUUCGAGAGUUGGAAGAAAGGAAACAGAAACAAACUCCAGAAGAUAACAAGGAGGAAGUCAGACGAAUCAUUUUCAAACCUUCACAUCAGGUCGCAAAGAAAGCAAGUGAACAAUUGGUAGAAGAAACUUCGAAUGCAAGUAGAACAGAGAGUUUAAAGACUUCAGUUUUUAGGAGCUCCAAACUCGUGAUGCCAGAAUACGUUGUUGGGAUGGAAAAGAAAACUAGGCCAAAAAAGAUCAAAAAAGACAAUUCUCAAUCAACUCUAAGAAAAGUGUCACUUAAUCACUUGUAUGAAAAUGAAGAUGAAUGAACAGAACACACCGUGUAAUUCCUUGUGCAUAAAUUACGCAUUCAGAUUGUGUGUGUGUGACAUGGAUAUAGUCAAUAUAUGAGUCGUCCUGAAGUAGUAGUGAUUAACAGAUAUUUUGAGUAAGUGAAAUAUGUUAAAGAAACGCUUUUUAAUGCAGAAGUAAACCUGUAUGUAGCAUGUUCAGUCACAUAUUUUAUUUUACCCGACAAGUUGACAGUUUUGAUGCUUGUCUGUAUUUUACUUUCCUGUUUGCCUUUGUGUAAAACUUCCUAAAAUACUGGUAUAGUAGUUUAUCCUACAGAGUCGCACUACAUGUAUUGUUUUAUAAAAGGCAGUUAAAUCACUUUAAGUGGCGCAGGUAGCUUGUAAGUGUUUGCAAGUCAAAAUAGUACCGAAAUAAUGUUGAUUGGAGUUUCUGUUCUUUACCAUCAAAACAAGGAAUUUUUGCAAAAAUGGAGUUAAAUAUUGCUAGAACACCGCCAUUUUUUCAGUUUAUAUGUCAAUUCAAAUGAAAGGUAGCCUAAAUAACUGAUUGUUUGUACCUGGAUUUUAAGCAGACAUAGGCUAUAGGCUAUCGUUGUUUCUCUUGUGUAAUGUUACACAACAUGUCACUUAAAAGAUAAAAUAAAAUAAAAUUUGCAACUGCGAGCUCGUGUGAUAAGAGUCUGCAGAAAUGUGUUAAUAUGGUUAUAAUGGUGAUUCAGCAGACUCUUACAUCAGUUGGCAGCCUAUCACAUUAUAAUUCAAUGUGUGGCAAAUUAGUUUGUUUGUGCUACGUAAAUCUUACAAUAUAAACUUUGCCUUGAUAGCAUUUGGUACAUAACCUUUUAUCUCAAUGGUGCUAAAUGGUUUGGCGUAAGGGAAUGAAGACCUCCUUUAAAAUUGUUUCAGCAAUAAUGAAUGAGAUAAGUGGGAGAAUAAGGUGAAAAUUUGUUUUUCAAUGAAACGCUCAAUCCUUUUUAACUGGGGGACAGUAGUGCAACUUCAAGAAUUUUUACAUGGCCUUCAUAUCAUCUUAUUCAUGGUUUGGAGCAACAUUAGUUUUUCCUCAGCCCCCUGCACUUCUUUCUUUUUUGAUGUCCACCUUAUGGUGAGGAAAUGUGUAUAUGUGGGAAAGCUAGGGAUUAAAACUUGUUUUAAUUAUAGGUAUGUAAACUCGGGUCCAGUUUUAUGAACUGGUUAUUGAUAUCAGUAAGUUACUUUUUUUGGGAUGUAUUACUGUUGUUAGUAUCAUCUUACUACACCUGUUUUUAUAGUAUUCUGUGAGUAUUUCAUUACACUUUUAUGGUCUUUACUUGAAACUUCACACAAAAUCACAAGCUUACAAUUACAAGCAGCUCAUUUAAAUUAAAUGUCAGGUGGAAAAGGCUUUGCAAUUACUAAUACAUACCUUGUUGUCAUUGUGAUGGACACUACCUAGUGGGAUGCCUCGGAGCAUAUCAUAAAUACUUCAGUGCCUAGUGUAAAACCUAAAUUUGGAGAGAAUUUUGGGCCAAUCCUUUUGGCAGUCCUGUCAUUUGCACUGUGACAAUUGAAACUUUCAGAGAUUGAGCAGUCAUUUGACAUGUUUCAUAUUAUGAUUCACUUCAUAACACUACUUUUAGUUUUGCCGUAAAGUACCAGAAAUGUUAACAAAACUUUACACCUAUAUUGAGUUUGCAUCGUUUCGUACACAUCAUUUUAGGUAGUACCGACAUAUUUUUGGUCAGUGGUUAAGACAGCUGAUAGGUGGUGUAUGCCAUUACAUUACCUUUAGAAGUAGUGUGUGUGUGGGCGCGCGCACGUGAAGAAAGUUUCUCACUUUUGAAAGCAAUUUCUCAUGAUUUGUUAGUGUGUGAUGCAACAUGUUUACAUACUAAUUAAUUCUGUAACUCAGUUGCUGAACUUGUCAGUAAAAGCAUACAGAAAGAAUGAAAACUGUACUGAACUGCAUACUUGUAACUUUGAUAUUUUUUGAUUGGUUUGAUAACACUUUCAUCACUUAAGAGUAUAAUAUUUGUAUGUGUAUGACGUAUUGAAUAAUGUUUUAUUCGAAUAAGUAAUUAAUCUGUUAGCUGUAAACUAGGUCCUGAUACCUCGACUCUCCCCCCCCCCCCCCCCCCCCUCCCCCUUACAUUGAACUACUGAGAAGUAUAUUUGUAAUAUUGACAGAGACAGCUUCACUUGAUUUAUCAUUUAUGUGUGUGAUGAGAUACAUUGUUAAGAACCUCAUAAUAAUCAGUUGAGUACUUUCUGUUUUAUGUUCCAUUUUUAUUGAGGAGACUUGCUAUGUUUAUUUUUAUGCAAAAGAAAUUAAUUUCUAGACACUGAUGUAUGAAAUGUAUCAGAUGUGUAUAAAUGUUAGUAAUAAACUCAUAUGUGCUGUAGUAUAUUCAGAAAUAA